CAUAUAAAGGGAUGAUUUUUUUGCAUUUGUUGUUAUUUUCCAGAGAGUCAUCAGGCAAGUAACAAACUAACAUCCUAUACAAUUUUAUUUCCUUCAUAUCAGUGAGUAUGUACCGGUAUAGGACAAACCCUGGGGGAUGGUGUCAACCAGCACAACCAGCAACGGAAGCUAUUCAAGAGAAUAUAGAUAUACUGAGAGCAGAUUUUGAAAAAACGUCACAAUUAUUCAAUUUAAAUAAGUUCGAAGCAAGACGGUAUUGGUAUCAAGACUCCUUCCAAGGACUACAAAAUUUCUGCGUUGAGACCGAUAUUGGAGAAACUGAGUCUAAUCUAGUGUACAUUGAGUUUAGACAGAACCACAGUGGGAAGAUUGCGUUCACGGCUUUUCUUCGCUCUUGGCCUUGGAUGAUGUAACUCGGUGUCGUCACACUCGAGAUUGGGUCACUACACGUACACCUAGGCGAAUCAGGGAGCAGUGAAUUAGUAUAUACUGUACCUGGGCUGAAUAUAGCAAUGGCGAAUUCUAGGGUGGGGGUCGCUCCCCCCUCCCUCCUUGAAUCCGCCCGGCUGGAGAAAAAUAUAAUUAGUCAAAUAUAAGUCUAAAAGUGCCAUUUUCGUCCAUCCAGAGGUGCCAUAAUCAUAAAUUUUCUUUCCUCAGUCCCAACCAUGGUGGGGCUGAGGUGAUCUAGAUUCUCUAUCUGUGAAAAUCUCUAUUUCGAAUUUCUGGAUCCGACACUGUAUAGUUUAUAUGGGCGUAUUUGUCACGCAUUUAAGCAGUGGCAUAUUUUAUCAUUUUGCUCCAUUUAUUACGAUAAUGUGUUUGUCUCUAUAUGGACUAUAUUAUCCUCUCCUCCCACGACAUGGGUGGAAUAUAUACCCCUCCUCUCACUCCCAACACACACAUACCACUCAGAAGUACUGGCGUUUCUCAUCAUUGUUAUCGGCCUGUUUUGUAUAUUUCUCUUAACAAAGAGCCUUAAUUAUCAUUCAUGUAAAUAUCUUUUUUAAAGUGGGUUAACUAGAAUAGCCUAAGUCACUCGUCUUCCAUUCGCCAAAUUAUUAUUAUAGUUGUUAUUGUUAUUCUACUUGGUGUCGUGUAAGUUAUCCAGGCCUCCGUGCCAGGGAAAGGGGGAUGGGGUAAUAUUGAUGAGGGGCAUCAUAUUUUAUAACAGACAGUAUCCGUGUUUAAGAAAACGUCAUGCAUCAUGUAAAAUGGUAUGUAGCCUAUUGUAAUUAAAAUUUCAAUAUUUAAGAUAGGCCCUACUUUUGAUGCAAUUAUUUUUAAGAAAAAUGUAAAUAGAACGAUAUUAUAUAGUAUAGAGCUUCCAUUUUAAAAUACAGGUCUCCCUCUAAUUAAAGACCCUCCAAUUAAAGACCACCCCCAAAUAUUAAACACUUUUCUGUUGUCCCAAAUUAACAAAUGUCUUGUAUAUUUAUUUUUCUAAAAAGAGACCAAAGCUACUAGAGGCAACGGAAACCCUGUUCCUAAAGUGGUCUUUAAUUGUACUUUCAAUUGUUUCUGUUCUCUUAAAGCAUAGUGUCUACUAGAUAUAUUUUAGAACUGGUCUCUUGUAGUACCGUACAAUGGGAGUAUACUAAUCGAGCUAGGUUGUAUUCAUGAUAUUCAGUUCCACAUCAUAGUCUUGUUAAGAAGAGCAGACAUAUUACCCCGGCCGGGAAACCCGCCGAAAAUAGCAUGGGUAAAAUUGGCAAUUGAUCAGAAUUUCACAUCCCUCUCACCACGCACACCAACAAACACGUGUAUCUUACUGCAUUUACUGCAAGGAAGACCUAGUUCUUGUAUAUGAUCAGCAUGAAUAAAAGUACUAGAUCUUCUUUA